AUGCAGAUACAUACAGCCGGUACCUAUAUGCUACGUGAGUGGACGUGCGGGAGUGAGGCGCUAGUCCAGAAACAGUUUGGAUCCGCGGCCUGCCCUACCGGUAAGUGCUCAACCACCUCAGCACACAUCACAUCACAUCCAACGUACUACAUCCAUCUUCCUAUCGACGGCACCACGGCUCUCGAUUCCAGAUCCUUCCUACAUAGAAAACAUGCUCUAGCGCGCGGAUCGCGUCUGUCGUAUGGCAUCUUUCGAGUCAGUAUGGUGCAUUCCGGCAUCGGACUGCUGCCUACCAAUAUGAACAUGUUACUCCACCCAGCGGGAGACGCCGAAGCCGUCCGCUGCCACUCAAACUCUAUGCUGGUCAUCGAGAUGGUGGCCAACAACCGAGACCCAUCGCACAACAAACUUUGCAGAACGUACCGCAAACACCGUGUCAACCUCAUUCCAUGUAUCCCUAAGUCCGGUCUUAGUCCAUGA